AUGGCUACGAAACAAGCUCAUCGACGACUUACCAAAGAAUAUAAACUUAUACAAGAUAAUUCUCCGCCAUUUAUUACCGCCCAUCCUAGUGAAUCAAAUAUUUUAGAAUGGCAUUAUGUCAUUGAUGGUCCUCCUGACACCCCCUACAACAACGGCCAAUAUCAUGGAGUUCUACUGUUUCCAUCAGAAUAUCCAUUCAAACCCCCCUCGAUAAAAAUGUGCACACCAAAUGGACGCUUCCAAACUAAUACCAAACUUUGUCUCUCUAUGAGCGAUUUCCACCCGGACUUAUGGAAUCCUGGAUGGUCGGUUACAACUAUACUCGUGGGAUUACUGAGUUUUAUGACAGGUUCCGAUUCCACCACCGGAUCUAUAAGCACCAGUGACGCUGUGAAGGUAAACCUGGCAAAGGCCAGUAAGUUCUACAAUGCUUGCCAAAAUUCAGCAUUUCAGGUUCAAUUUCCAGCACUUGCCAAGCAAACAAUUGACCAAAUACACGAAGACAGGCUGAGAGAGAUCGCCGAUGUACGGAAGCUAGACUGUCCCACUGAUACUGCUGAAGGUGCUAUCAAUAUUGGAGAAAUAGAAGAUCCAGAAGAUAAAGUGCGAUACCAAAUAUGGAAAGAAAAUGAAUCCAAACGAGCAGACCAGAACGAUAAAUCGCCUGCAUCAAUCCUUUCAAAAUUGCAGUACAUAUUGUUUUUUAUAUUUCUGGGUGCCAUAUUCAAGUAUUAUGUUCAUUGA